UAAAAUGCUUUCCGUACUCCCCUCCUCCCAGCCCUUCUGUCCUCCCCCUCCCCCUCGGAUCUCCUCGGCAAACAUCGGCUAUUUCCGCCUCUUUGUUUUAAACUCCAGCCGGAAAUUUUUUUAUUCCUCAUAUUUCUCCUAUUUCUGAAUUGGGGGGUCUCACAGAGAGCUGCGGAGACCCCCUUAUUCCCUUCCUCCUGUCUGAAGGGUUGUUGUACCCGCAGAUUGCCCCCCUCCCACCCGUUCGUGUCUCCUAGUUGCACACACACAGCAAGGCUUCUCCUCCUGCCUUGUGUGCCUGUGCUGUGCCCGGUGGAGUAAACCCCCUACAGCAAACAGCAGCGCCUUUAUCUCCGGGGACACAACUACAGCAGCAGCGACGGCAACACCAUAAACAUUGCAGCAGACACCAAAGAUGCUGACUCGAAAGAUAAAACUUUGGGAUAUCAACGCCCAUAUAACAUGUCGCUUGUGCAAUGGAUAUCUUAUCGAUGCUACUACUGUAACAGAGUGCUUACAUACCUUUUGCAGAAGUUGUUUGGUGAAAUAUCUGGAAGAAAAUAAUACCUGCCCCACAUGUAGAAUUGUCAUUCAUCAGAGCCAUCCACUACAGUAUAUAGGUCAUGACCGAACAAUGCAAGAUAUCGUAUAUAAACUUGUGCCUGGUCUCCAAGAAGUGGAAAUGCGUAAACAGAGGGAAUUUUAUCACAAACUUGGUAUGGAAGUACCAGGAGACAUCAAAGCAGAAAUCUGUACUGCAAAGCAACACGUAGAAGUCCACAGAAAUGGUGAAACAAAAGCAGAGGAACACACAAAUAAAGAAACCACAGAAGAAAAGCAGGAAGAAGACCAUGACUAUCACAGAAGUGAUGAACAGGUGAGCAUAUGUUUAGAAUGCAACAGCAGCAAAUUGCGUGGACUGAAGCGAAAAUGGAUACGUUGUUCAGCACAAGCAACAGUCCUACAUCUAAAGAAGUUCAUAGCCAAAAAACUUAAUUUAACAUCAUUUAACGAGUUGGAUAUAUUAUGCAAUGAAGAAAUACUUGGCAAGGAUCACACACUCAAGUUCGUUGUAGUCACGAGGUGGAGAUUUAAGAAAGCACCGCUUCUCCUGCAUUACAGACCAAAAAUGGACUUGCUGUAAAAGAACUUGAUUGUCCUGUAAGGACUGAUGUUUUGCAGAGACUAUCAUGGGCACGGGCUGAGUGCACCACAUCACGUACGACAUGGGACCUGAACCAGCGGAUUCAAGGCCAGAAGAUUGUAGCGCAUUCAGAGAAGAACCUCUGCUUCUAGACAUUUCUCUUACACAACAUGGAUUCUAGAGUUCAGGACAGGAAAAUAUUUAUACUUUUGUACAAAAAAAAGAAAGAAAAUAAGAGCUAAUUUUUUCACAAGACACUACCAGCAUGGCGUUUACAGAUACAAAAACACUUUUCAUAAAUUUGUCUUUGCUGCAAUUUAGUUCCAACUUGGGUUUCAAAUAUAUUGAGUGUAAAAUAUAUAUAUAUAUAUUUGAAAGAUUGAAAGUCAUAGGUUGACACCAAAUUACGUUGAGAUUCUUUUUUUUUUUUUUUCAUUAAAAAAAAUCUACCAAGGACCUAUCAUCUAAAUAUUCAGUUUAUGGGUUUUAGCCAAUUAAUAUUUUUGAGCCAAUCUGUUAAAGAUAUAACAGUCCGUUAUAUUUGUUUUAGCAAUACAUAGGGGAGGAUGAGGUGAAGAGAAGGAAUAUAACUUACCCAAACAUUCAAACAUGGAAGAAAAUAUGACUUUUUACAUUUUUUUCAAAGUCAGUUCAGCGCCCCGUGGUUGUAUUUAUGUUGUCACUGUGCACUUUUGAACUUAACCUGCAAAAUUAGAAUUACUGUGUGUGUUUAUUAAGGCAGACCAGAUGAGGACCAGUUACUGUAUAAUAUUUUACAAAAGUAAGAUUACUUUCAUGUCAGCACAAGUCAUUUAAUGAUUUUUGUUUUAAUGCUCUGACAUUAAUUUCCCCCUGAUAUACUCUUUAUUAAUGAACCCAAUUCCUUGUGCAAGAGUUUGAGACAUUAAUUGUUCUUGGUGCUAAGGUUAUCUUACAAAAAAUUGGACUCUGGCAGGUUGUAUUUACAAAGAUAGAUUCGCUUCUGUAUUACAGUUAAUGUCUGAGCCAAAUUAUUAUUCACUGUGGGUCCAGAAAUGAAUUGUGGUGUUCUGAAACCGGUUGGGUGCAAGGCAAAGAAAGGAACAUGAUUCAAAUGAAUACUUGCAGGCCUCAGACAAUUUUUCACAACUAUCUUUAGGAUUACUUGAACUUGCUAUGGUGCUACAUUGACCUUUUUGUUGCUUGUAGGAGGACCUGACCUACUAUCUAUAUCCGGGCUAAGCGGCUUCAAACAGGUUUCACUGUAUAUCCCUGCUUAUCUGCGCAGCCAUAGAUGAGCAUUCCUAUUAGAAGCUGGGAUUCACAAAUAACAGCUGGUUCUCUUUAACUUCAUUGGAGAACUGUAUUUUUCUGCCUUUUUUUUCUUUUUUUACAGUGUAUUAACACAACAACCUCAGCAGUAAAACAAAACUCCGAAUUCCAUGUCUGAAUUUCCUUUAUCUUCACUAUCUAAGAUGGUGUUUUGCACUGCACCAACUUUCUGCAGAUUCAGUAUAUGAAGGAGAUACAAUUGGAUGUAAAGAAGCCUCUGUGAGGCAUAGAGUAAAAAAAAAAUCAUCCAUCAAUUCAGAGGAAUUGUUACAAUGGGGAAAUGGGUACGAAUGCACUUUUGGUCAGAGUUUAUUUGAUAUUCUGGUGCUGUUCGAACCCCCUAUUUUGUCUGAGAUGUAUAUUGGAGGUGAUGAUUUCUGUUUGCAGUUGUGAGGUUUGUAGAACUGCAUUCACUGUCAAGUCUCUACAGAAAAUGAUAUUUUGUGUCUUUGUUGUAACCCGCAGCAGGGAGACCAGUUAGCCAGGUAUGCAGUUUCAGUUAAUAUAGUUCUUAUGGAAAAUAGAAA